UCAUGGUUCCGAUUGGUGGUUCGGUGUCGUGAGAAACGUUUAAAAGGGACUGCGACCUGAAGAAAAGUAUCAGUCAACGUUCAGUUCACAUCCGAGCAAGUUGUCCAACACUAUUUCCAACAUUCAAAAUGACAGGACGAGGCAAAGGAGGAAAAGGUCUGGGAAAAGGAGGCGCGAAACGUCAUCGUAAAGUGCUCCGUGAUAACAUCCAGGGAAUCACCAAGCCCGCCAUCCGUCGGUUGGCUCGCCGAGGCGGUGUUAAACGUAUUUCCGGUUUGAUCUACGAAGAGACCCGUGGAGUUCUGAAGGUAUUCCUGGAAAACGUGAUCCGUGACGCAGUCACGUACACCGAGCACGCCAAGAGGAAGACCGUCACCGCCAUGGACGUCGUGUACGCUCUCAAACGACAAGGUCGUACUCUGUACGGUUUCGGAGGUUAAAUACUUACUGCUGAAGUUUAAAAACAUCUUAAAAAGGCCCUU